AUGGGUAACGACGGUGGUAGUAUACCGACUCGUCGCGAGCUGGUCAAAGAAGCAGCACGUGCUCUCACGACCAGCGAGCUCAAAGAAACCCGUCAAGAACAGCAGGAAUACCACUGGACCACGGAUCCAAUCUCGACCAAGCCGCUUGCUCAGCCAGUGGUAUCGGACUCAUCGGGGAAGCUAUACAAUAAGGACACAGUCCUGGAGUACCUCGUGGAAGGUGCACGUAAGGACGACGCAGAGCGCAUCACUGGAGGCGCAAUCAAGAGUCUCAAGGAUGUCGUGGAGGUGAAGUUUGAGGUUGGCAGCAAGGCGGGAGAGACAGCGACGGGUGAGAUCUGGGUCUGCCCCAUAACUGGUGAUAGACUUGGGCCAAGCUCAAAGGCAGUGUACCUGGUGCCAUGCGGACAUGCGUUCUCCGGCACAGCCAUUAAGGAGGUUUCAGGCGAGAAGUGUUUGACUUGUGAAACUGCGUAUGCUUCGAAUGAUAUCAUCGCGAUCCUACCAACGAUCGAUACGGACAUCGCGCGACUAUCGUUGCGGGUCAAGACUCUGCAAGAAAAAGGACUAUCGCAUUCGCUUAAGAAGGCCUCAGGCGGCAACAAGAAGCGCAAGAAGAAGGACGAGGUUGUCGUGGUUGUGAAUGACGGGAGAAAAGUCCAGCAGGAUAUGCAGCAGGAAUUAGUUCAGGAUAAGACUUCCACAGCAGGCAACGAUGCACCUGCAAAGGAUAGCCAUAAGAGCAUCAACAACGCGUCCACCGCUUCUCUAACAGCAAAAGUGCUGGACGAGCAAGAGCGCACGAAAAAGCGCAAGCUCGAGAACCAAAAUGUGCGUAGUCUGUUCUCGACUCGAGACCAGGCGAAGCCAUCUGGCAAGAGUAGUGAUUUCAUGACCAGGGGUUACAGCUUACCGGUAUCUGACAAGCGAUGA